CAGCCUUGCCUCCCUGGCCGCGAGCCGCCGCUGUUUUGUUUCGAAAAUGCACGCGCGAACUAAAGCAGCAUGAGGCAAGGCUGCGCCCUUGUGGCCGCAGUAGGUGGAGGCCUGAGUGGCCCAGCGGAAGUCGGAGCAGGACAGGCCCCGACCUCCACCGUGUCCUUUUCUAGCGACCUGUUGUUCACAACUCAUUUUUCCCUCAGAAAACUCUUGCAGGAGAAAUGGGCUUUGAGUCUCCCUUUUAGGCUUCAGGGGCUGCCUUUUGUGACACCCGGAAUGCUGCGUUUAUCCUCAUUCUUGCCCCCUUUUUUUUGCAGCAUCCACAAGACGUCUUAUAUCCCCCACCUCCGGGGGAAAAGAAAUAAUAAUCCAGAUCUAUCAUUUCCUGGAUUAUCAUUUCCCGUGCUUUAAUCUGUUGCCAAUGAACCUUUUGCAGAUUAUGCCGCUGUCUGAAAGCACCCCCUGUUCUGCUUCCUUGCCACGAAAUCCAUUUUGCCAUAAAGGCAUUUUUGUCCCUUUGGGGUGGGUGGGAUUUGGUCACAUAUUAGCAAAUUAAGGCAGCACAAUCAAAGUGGAUUUGGCACUCGUGCACCAAAGCAAGAAUUGCCCCCCAAAACCAGACUUUUGGGGAUAAAGUGACAGGAAAAUGCACUGAGAAGUAUGGAAGAACACUUGGUGCAAUGUUCUAGGGCCUCCCCACAAACAAAUAGACAAUUUUGUCUAAUGUUUGUGGAAACAAAUUUGGCUGAAUUCUCAGUAAAGAGGCCACCUGAAAAAAGCCUGUUUGGACACUGUGCCUAGAAAAAGCAGAGCAAGGGUAAGUAUGGUUGAGCCCUCAGUCUCUUUCUCUUUGUGCUUUCCAGACUGACUCGUAGCCUCAAGGUUUCUUCUUCUUCUUUAAAAAAAUGUUUUCCUCCCUAUGUGUUGAGAAGGGCUGGGCAAUUCCCAUAACUGAGCUGAGCCUUGCUGUGCCCUGCUCUGCCCCGCCCAAUGUCCUUAGCAACCCAACCUGGCAAUUUAAGGAGACAAAGGCACAGAACACAGGCUGGACUGGAGCGUCCUUGCAAAAUGGAACCAGGGUGGGCCUUGCCUCUCACAUUGCUCCUCAGCAUCUGUACUAUAGGUAAGAGGGGGUCUCAGCUCCAUCAUGCAUGAAGCUCCUGCUCCAUAUCUGUUCAAUGGAGGAUCCCCAUUCCCAAAUUAGAUUUCGCUGUUAGGACAUGGGAACCAAGAGACUGGAGAAUUGGUGUCCCUAUGGGUGGUGGUGGUUGUUGUUGUUGUUAGUCAGCUUUUCACCUGAGGCCCCUGGGCAGGUUACAACCAUUUACAGUGUAUUACUAAAAGUCACAGCUCAACCACAAAAUGUUAUAAAAUAAAAAAUAAAAAUAAAAAAAUUCCUUCCAGUAGCACCUUAGAGACAGACUAAGGUGCUACUGGAAGGAAUUUUAAAAUUUUGUUUCGACUACGGCAGAUCAACACGGUUACCUACCUGUAACAAAAUGUUAUAGUUAACUUUCAGCUAGUCAAGGUCAACCUAGACAUAGCGUGAGUUAUCCAUGGCCAGAAACUAUUGUGUUUUUAAAAGAAUAGCAGCUAGUGGGGUGGUGGUGGUUUGUGUUGAGCACAUGGCGCUGGGGAAGAAUUGACAGCCCUAGACGCUAUGAGAGCAUUACCACAGCCCAGUUCAUCAAAGGUUUCCUAAUCCUUCCCUCUGAGGAAAUUGGUCCAGGCGUUUGCCUGAGUACUCUCUGAAACAGAAAUAUGCAUGGUUAUUUCCAGAAGCAAAGGAGAACAGGUAGAAGGUGGCAUUUCCACAGGCAAAGCUUUAUCUUCCAUAUGACAACUUGCUUCUUCCUCAGUUCUCUCUUUCAACAUCUGGGAACCCCAGGCUCCUUUGCUUUUGGUUGGGGAGUAUGUUUGCUGAGGGAAUGUUUGCUCACUAAUUGAACUGAAUGUCUGGUAGAUAAUAACGGCAUUUUCUCUUGUGUCCCCCCCCCCCCCCGCUCUAGAUCCAGCCAUCGGAGACAUAGGUAAGGAGAGGAAACCUCCACACUUCCCUACUUAACAAACCUAUGACCAGUGGCAGGGGAAGGAAGAUCACCCUAUGCAGUACAAAAGCAGGCUUUGAUGCACAACAGCUGUUAAAACAAAGUCAGCUGUUCUUAAUGCAGGCAAACAUGGGUUAUAGCCAAGUGUGUAUGUUUGAGCACAUGCACCUCCAGAUGGGCAUACAGACACCUGAGUGCCUAAAGUGCUGUUACGAUACACUGUGGGGGAAGCUGCCUAUGGUCAGAGCAAGGCAGCCUCUCUCCUGCAAACCUAAUAUUGUAUUACCCUAGGAAGCCUUUGAACAGCAGCUGCACUUAGGCUGCCAGAACUUCACUACAGAUGAGAAGAGACAGACUGUAAUUGCUCUGGAGUUGAAUGAGUACAAAAAAUAAUAAUAUUCCUUUAUACAGUUAGUUACAAGAGUUGGCAUAACCAAUUAACAAUGAAUACACAGCAAUAACAAUGAAUGAACAGCCCAAUUCCAAACCGCUAUUGAGAACAUAACAGGGCAUCAGUUUACUAAUGUUUGCUGAAUGAUCACUAUCAGUGCUGUUAGGAUCUGUUCCUGCUGCUCAUUCAUCCUCCAUUUUUGGGUGUCUUGCAAAUCUUCUUUCUUCUCUCUUUCUUUUAUCCUCAGCCUUGUUUAUUUGUUUAUGACAUUUUACCUGAGUUGUUCUUGGAGCCAUAUCGCAAUUCUUGCAUUGCAGGAGGUUGGACCUAAUGACCCUCAGGGUCCCUUCCAACUCUUACAGUUCUAUGAUUUUACUAUUCAUUUAUGAAAGCAAGCUGUCUAUAUUUCAGAAACAUGGAAAUUACCCAUGUCAUGUGCAUGCUUAUCAAAGAGGGCUUUUCUCUGCUGUAGUCAAUGGUGCCAUGGGACCAAUACUCUCAUUGCUGUCUCUGUCUCAGUGAUUGAGGGCAUCCCAGACACUGUGGUACUAGAAGACAGCUUGACACCAGGCACAACCGUGGCCAACUUCACCGGCAACUGUACAGACUCCAGCGAUCCACCCACAGUAAAUCUGAAGACCACAAGCCCCACCACAUCUUUUUUCAAUCAGCCAAAUUUUGUAUCCCCUGACAUCUAUGAGGUACAAAAGACCUGUAAAUUUGUAGUCAAUUCCGUGUGUGUGUGUGUGUGUGUGUGUGUGUACGCAAGGGGAAAGCUUUUCCUGCCAUCAUGUUCUAUGAGAGUACAGGGACUCUUUCCCUCUGUGGCAUUUUAAAACACAUUUUAGUGGGGAUUUUUGAACUGGGACUCGUGAGUCAACAGUGCUGUUGUCCUGCUGCACUGCACGCCAGAUAUUUCAAUCCAAUCAAGAUGAACUAGCCUCUUGUGGGACUAGAAUAUUUAAUAAAUUAUAUCAAUUAAACAUACCUAAAAGAAUUGAACAGGUUAAGUGUCAUUUUUGUUAACUAGUAUUGUGUCAUGGAAUACAGCUUUUGUUUAGCAAAUGUAACCUGAUUUUUAAUGUAUGUGAACAUGUAACUAGUAUGCAGAAGCAUAGAGCAUGUCUUCACUACAAGUGUAAAACUGUUUCAUACCUGUUUCACUUCAUUGGUGCCUACAUUAGGAUGAUAUGAAGCAGCAGCAAUUAGCUGCUUUCCUUCCCACAAGUAUGCAAAACUACUCCCCAAAUAUUACUGACGGAUGCAAAGGGGGAGACUUUUAGUUGCUGCUGCUACUUUAAUUAGGCCAUUCCAACAUGCCACGUACUCCCACCUGGCACCUGGGCACCUAUCUGGCAUAUGGGCAUCUAUUGAUUGGUGCCCAUGGCAUCAUCAACACUGGGCUGUUCAACAGGAUUGAACAUGUGGAAGAGAGGUGCAACACAUGCCGAUAUUUUUUUUCUUCUGGCUUCCAGGUGAGCCUUAGUCCCAGUGCUGCCCUGGAUGCUAGACGGGUGAAUCAAUAUGUUUUGACAUUCAGUGCAAGUUGCCCAAGUGACACGCCAGUUGAAGUUAAGCUCUUCAUUCGAGUCAUUGCAGCAGACAGACUGGAGUGUGGCAGUGGACCUGAAUACAUAGGUAAGGCUCUCACGGUAGCCCUGGUAUUUCAUCCUAAGGCCCUGACAAGGGUGCCAUGGUGAGAAGAGAUUUAAUAUGGUACAGUACUGCGGUGUGGUGAGGGUCUCGCUACCAGGCACUGAGAGGCAGUGAGUUCUCUAGCAACAUGUGGCAGAUCCUGCAUGGCAAAGGAGGGUGCUGGGUUUUUUUCAACCACGGGGAGGCAGAUUUGAAUAGUAGACUUGCCAGUGCUAGAAGAAGGGGCUCUGGGGCUGCCCGUGCCAGUGGGAAGCUCAGCCUGCAGAGGGCUCCAGUGCUGUCAAAGGGGCAGAUUCUAACUAGGGCAAGAGUCUGACUGCUUCCAUCUCUUUUACUGCUGCAGGAGAGAAACCAGUAGGCGUUUCAGAGGAUGUUGGCCCUGGAGAGUUCAUCUACCAAAUUGUACUGAAGAGGGGAGGCAGAGGCAACUUGACUGUAAGCACCUUUGUUGCGGGGAAAGCAGGAAUGUUGGAAGACUUAAAAAAAAAGUAAAACCAUUAUAAACUAUUAUUAAAUAAAUGCUUUUAAAUAAAUAAGGACUAUAGUUGAGGAGGGGGUGUCUUGUACAGGGAAUUUUCCAGUAGUGUGUCUGGCCAUGGAGAGAAGGCUUGAGAAUUUGGAAGGUGGCAUAUUCUAACAGUGCCCCAGGCAGAGGGGGAGAUAGCAAUUUUGGACAUAAGUCUUAGGGGAUUAGAUUUUCUUUAAAACAAAUAAAGAAACAAUUUCCCAAGCCAACUUUUUCUUUUUAUACAGUUCUCCAUAGAGAAUGCCUCUCUGCCUUUCACCAUAACUGGAGAUGGAAGAGUGCUGGCACCUGCCAUGGGUUUCAGUCGUGAGCAAGCUGGCAAGGUGUGUUCCAUUGCUUACUGUACCUAUGCAUAUGUUCUGCCAAUGUCACUGUCCUUAUAACCUGCCACUCCCCAGCUCUGUCCCCUUUCAAAAGUGUUCUGUAGUUUGUUAAGGGAGCUGGGAACUGUAGCUCUGUGAAGGAGAAACAGCAGUCCUCAGGAUUCUUCAGAGUACAACCUGCACUUUAAAUAUUCAUUGGAUGUGCUUUAAGUGUAUGGUGUGGAUCUUUGUCUCACCAGAUGUUUCCUCCUAGCCCUGCGACUCCCACCUCCCUGUCCCCACAUCCUCUUUUCAUUAAAAGGCAUCAUUUGGAUGGGGCCACACAAAUGAUGCUAAAAAAACACAGACACAACGGUUUAUGGAGGGAAAAACCAUGCAGCAGGCUUCUGCUUCUCAUGCAGAACUGUAACUAAAAGCAUAGUGCUUGAGAAAGCUGACUCAACCAGUUCCUGGUUAUGAUAAGGCAGUAGGGACAAAACACGACAUUCUCCAUUUCAAGGUACUGUGCCUUCCUGUUCCUGGGGCUUCUGUGGCACUUCAGUCUUCCCUCCCUAGGUCUCUUGGACCCAGCAACAUACUAAGAGCUUGCUUUUGACUAGACCUAUCCCUCCUGCGGGACGCGGGUGGCGCUGUGGGUAAAACCUCAGUGCCUAGGACUUGCUGAUCGUAUGGUCGGCGGUUCGAAUCCCCGCAGCGGGGUGAGCUCCCAUCAUUCGGUUCCAGCUCCUGCCCACCUAGCAGUUCGAAAGCACUCUUAAGUGCAAGUAGAUAAAUAGGGACCGCUUUAUAGCGGGAAGGUAAAUUGCGUUUCCGUGUGCUGCGCUGGUGCAGGCUCGCCAGAGCAGCUUCGUCACGCUGGCCACGUGACCCGGAAGUGUCUUCGGACAGCGCUGGCUCCCGGCCUCUUAAGCGAGAUGAGCACGCAACCCCAGAGUCGGACACGACUGGCCCGUACGGGCAGGGGUACCUUUACCUUUACUUUAUCCCUCCUGCUUGAAAUUCACGCCAUGCCGUUCUCCCUGCAGACGUUCUCAAUGGUCAUUGUGGUAACGGACAGUGGUGGGAGAAGCUGCCGCAGGACUCUGGCAGUGAAGGUGCUGCCUGUUUCCCACAAGCAAGUCAAUUUCACGUGAGUUGAGUUGUUACUAUGUUGUUUUUAAUGGUGUUAUAUGGUUAUAUGCCACCCUGAUAUUUUAUGAUAUGCUGGUAUAGGGCACUUUUAUGAAUAAACAGCGGGGAGAGGGAUACAAAGGCUCUUUGGCUCCAGGUUCCCCACAGCAUAAACUUAAGGCAUGGGCUACUUGCCCCAAUAUGUUCUGCCACCACUGGUGGUUAUGCAAUAUCAUAAGAAAGGUGUGCUUAAGAAACUUUUACCACAGAGUAGAGAGUGCUGGGGCAUCGCUCCCAGAUCAUGUCUAGUCACACUUGACCUGAGAGUUGCACUUCCGUGACACUGCAAAGGAUUAAAAUAGUGCUUUUUUGGCACCUCUAAAAUAUCGCCUCCUCACAAAGCAAUCACUUUUGAUGUAAGGAAUGUACAUUCAGGCCAUCAGAGAUUUGAGCCAGGGCAAGAGGCUACUGAUCCGGGCUUCCCCAUUCCAGUGCACAUGUGAGACCCAUCCACUUCCCCUCUCAUUAACUUGUACCAGAGAAGGAAAGCCCUAGCUCUGACAGCCUUUUGAGUAGACAAACAGCAGGUCCCUGUGAUACCUGGAGUGUCGCUUUUCCCACCCACAUCCCUUCAAGUGCCAUGCCAGAGAGGCUAUUGCUGACUAGUGGCUGCCAGUCCCUGGUGGCAGAGGUGGUAGAGAUGAUCUGGAUUUGAGAGCAGAAACUGAAUUAGGAGAGAUUAUUCACUUGCUAUAAGGGAGCUGUGCAAAUCCCCUCUAGUGUCAGGACAGGUUUACUGUCUCCUCUGUCCCAUGGGCCUGGGCAGCACAACAUGAGCAAGUGAGGAGUGUGAGCUUCUCUGAAACACCACCAGCCACCAUUAUAUUGGGGACUGGGCCAUCGCACUACAUCAAAUUCUUUGAAGGAAGCAUAGAGCAGGGAGGACAUUCAGGUGUGUUUUUCUCUUUCUUCCCUUUGAUGCCACACAUAUUGUUGGAGUUGCAUGGAGCAGCCAUAACUCACUUUCCUAUUUUUCAACAUGACUCUAAAAGUCCUUGUUGCCCUGUUAAUGCUCUGCUUCCUGUAUUAUCCCCAAACAGGAAUAUUCAACUAUGAGUAGAUGGGGUGGCUUAUAGCACCUGGGGCUUACACUCUUUUCUUCAUGAUAUAGGGAGUCAACAUUAGCAAUAUCAGUAUCAGAAAACACAAUUCCCCUCCAGCCUAUUGUAAGAGUCAAUGCCAGUGGAGAAAAUGUGCUUUACCGGAUCAUCUCCUCUCUGCCCACAAGGCAUUUCACCAUUGAACCAGGUAAGGAGAAUCCAGGGAUGUAGCGUGGAACCCACACAGCCUCAGGGAGGGCUGGGCCUUCUGUGGUGGUCAUCAACAAUGGUCUUCAAACUAUGUCAGCCAUCUUACCCUCAAGGAGCUGAGUGAUCACAGCCAGUCUCUUGCUUGCAUGCAGACACAGGCUUAAUCAGGAACACGUAUGACCUAAAUCUGAGACGCUAUCCAGACUUAACUGAAACCCUGCUCACAGUGGAAGCCUACAACAUGCUGCAUCCCACAGAUAAAGCCACCAUCACCGUCAACAUUACAGUAAAGCGGCAGAACCUGCAAGGACCUCUGUGCACUCCUGCUGUAAUUGUGUAAGUCUCCAUAGAGCAAAAGGAUCUUACUCAAGCCUGAGCCAGCAAAAGAAAUGUAGAGUUUGAGGGUCUCUCCCUACCUGCUAUGCACAGCAGGGUAUAGCAGUAUUUAAGGUAUAAGAGGAUCCAUGGGUAUUAACCAUGAGUAGGCAAACUAAGGCCUGGGGCCCGGAUCUGGCCCAAUCGCCUUCUAAAUCUGGCCCGCAGAUGGUCUGGAAAUCCGCGUGUUUUUACAUGAGUAGAAUGUGUCCUUUUAUUUAAAAUGCACCUCUGGGUUAUUUGUGGGAAAUAGGAAUUUGUUCUUUUUUUCUUCUUCUUCUUCUUCUUCUUCAAAAUAUAGUCUGGCCCCACACAAGGUCUGAGGGACAGUGGACCAGCCCCCUGCUGAAAAAGUUUGCUGACCCCUGGAUUAACUAUUAACUAUGGGGACUUGUGGCUCUCCAGAUGUGAUUUGGCCUCAGCUGCUAUCAACUCCAGACAGGGAUGAGGAGUGUUGAAGAUCAGCAACAUCUGGAAGGGCCACAGGUCUCCCACCCCUGAUCCAGAAGUAAGAAUGAUCUUAAGGGCUAAUGAGUCAGAGCAAUCAGAGCACAAGAAUUGUCUUCUUUCCACUGACAGAACUGUAGCCCUUGACAUGCUUGAGCGUCUGUUUGUCUUGUCAACAGUGAUCAGCUCUAAGAGAGGUUAUUGAGAAACAUAGGCAAAGUGGGGAGGAGGAGAUUUUUCUCUCCUUUCAAAUCACCAUUUCUAUCCUUCUGCAUCUUUUACUCUUUGAGGCUAUUGCUGCUUAAUCCUAGGACUGAGAUUCCAGAGACGACACCCAUUGGGAGGACACUGCCGUCUCCAUCUUGUAAUGAUGUAGAGAGUGGCAGCGACAGGCUUCACUACGAAAUAAUGGAGGGCAGCCAGAGCCCUCCCUAUAGCUUCCAAAUGAGGCACUCAGAACUACAGGUAAGCCCUUGGAAUGGACUUAUUUCUUUCAUCAUAUAUGUUAGGGAGAAGGAGUGGGGAGAGUGGGCAAGGCUUAAGGGUUGAGUAGCUUCCAACAUACCUAGCCAUCCUCUCAGUUUUGCCAGAAUUUAGGGCAAAAUGUCUCAGGGUACUGCUUAAUUCCAAUUCAGUCACUUCUGGGUACCUGAGAGAUAAUGAGUGUGGUAUCUCUAAUUAACAAUGAGUUUACCAUUUUCCCAGACUAAGCAUCUCCCCUUGGCAGAGGAUGCUAUUAGUUUAAGAUGUGCCCAUAUGGUCCUGACCUUUCUGUCCUUGGGUCCUGGCAGGUGAACACCACUUUGGACUGUGACUCUGAAGCUAUGGCCAGCCUUAACUUCCAGUACCAAGCCACCAUUCUAGUGACUGAUGAUGGAAGUCCUCCACAAAACAGUGCGUACUGCUCUGUCAGUCAAAUGUUAUUUGGGUUUGGUCUUCUUUUGAUACUGAAGGUCAUGGGAAAUCAGGACUUCAGCAAGAUCUCUCCUGGAUUGGCUUGCUUUGAGGUAUGGUAGGAAUCAGAGGGCAGAGGUGACUUCCCCUGGUAAAAUCCUCACUGCAGAAACAGUUAUUGGAGCUCUCUGUUGGCAAAGGUAAAUCUAUCAUGUUUAUGGCUGUUGCCUGGAUUAGUACCAGGACCUAGGAACCCAGUGAAAUGCAGGCACAAAGCAAGCAGUUGCUGAGGAUCAGAACUAAAUUAUAGGCCAGAUGGUAUGUGUUCAGUAGGCAGUGACAGUGUUUUAAUGAGCCUGUUUGCAUAUGUUUCAUAAGAAGUUGGAAUUUGGAUUUAUAGCAGAAGACAGCAUCCCCCCCCCCAUUAUACAUUUCUUUUGUACCUCUUGGCUUUGGCUUCUGUUAAUACACACACACACACACACACACACACACACCACUUGGGUGCUUCCCUUUUGGCUUUUAUGAUUCCAAAAUCUGUACCAAUAAACUUGAGUUCUCUUACCUUUGUAUAUUAUGUAAAAACCUAUGCAAAGUCCCAUCUCAGCUCAGACCUCGAUGAGCUCUAGCUCUGAGGGCCUUCUGGCAAUUUCCUUAUUGCAAGAAGUUACAGGGAACCAGGCAGAGGGCCUUCUCGGUAGGGGCACCUGCCCUGUGGAAUGCCCUCCCAGGAGAUGUCAAGGAGAUACAGUGGAACCUUGGCUGUCGAACGUAAUCCUUUCCGGAAGACCAUCUGACUUCUGAAACACUCGACAACUGAGGCACAAUGGGCGGUCAGCAAAUUCCAUUGCAAAAAUGGAGAAACAUGCCUCAGAAGCCGUUUGACUUCCAAGGAGCAUUUGAAAACGGAAGCAUUCACUUCUGGGUUUUCGGCGUUUGGGUUCUGAAUUGUUCAGCUUCCGAGAUGCUCAAAAACCGAGGUUCCACUGUAAUUAUACAACCUUCUGUAGACAUCUGAAGGCAGCCCUGUAUCAGGAAGCUUUUAAUGUAUGAUGUUCAGUUGUGUUUUUGUGUAUUCUGUUGGAAGCCUCCCAGAGUGGCUGGGGCAACCCAGUCGGAUGGGCAGGAUAAAAAAAACAAGUUGUUGUUGUUGUCGUCAGCUGCUGACCACUGCAAAUUCUACUCAGCUUCUGCUCUGGCUUCAGAGAUUUUUACCAGACACUUUGAGGAUGAUUCAGAGGCAAUAUGAUAGCCAUCUUCAACUAUGUGAAUGGCUGUCAAAUAGGUGAUGAAGCAAUUUUGUUUUCUGAUGCUCCAGAGACUUAGGACCUGAACAAUGGGUUCAAAUUUCAAUAAAAGAAAAUUUAGAUUAAACUUUAGGAAUAACUUCUUCACCCUGUGAGCCACCUGACAGUGGAACAGGUUGCCUUGGAAGGUGAUGGGCUCUCCUUCAUUAUAGGCUAGCCGUCUGUCCAGGAUGCUGUAGCAGACAGUUUCCUGCAUCAGCUGAGGGGUUGGACUAAUGACCUUUGAAGCACUAGUUCUAUCACUCUAUGAUUCUGUACUUUGUAGCCUGAUGAACUAGAAAUCUCCCUUAAUUAAAAAAAAAAAGAGAGAAAAGAAAUCUAAGGCAGCAAUCCUAACCCUAUUUACCCAGGAGUAAGCCCUACUGAAUUCAAUAGGACUUACCUCUGUGUAGUCAUAGUUAGGCUGGUGCUGUAAGAGCAUUAGGGUGCUAAAUUCUGAGCCCAGUACCACAUUCUGUGCUUCUUUAGUGCAAACGUGGAAUCACAGAAUAUAAACAGCCUUGAUUGUACCAUUUUGCUCUGUUCUUAAGAGUAGCCUCUCCGUAUCACCUCACCUGACUUGGCCACCCAUAUCGUGGGCCCAUCUUGAUACAGCCAUCUACUAGGAAUAAAGAAACAGAUUUGCAAACAAUCUCUUCCUUUGGGGAUGUUUGAACAAGGAAAGGAUGUGUUUGUGUGAAGCUGCAAUCCACAUUCCACUUCUGCACAAGCCUGAAGAGGCAACAAAGUGUAGUGAACGUUAAUUUGCCACAACCCUACAGAGAAUAGCAAAUACUGACACAGUGACCAAUCCUUCUGUUACAUUUUCCAAGUGCCUUCAAAAGCAUUCCAAUAAAGAAAACAUGUUGGAAGAAGCCUCCAGGUUGAACAUUUUAGUUGCCUGACCACAUUGGUUAAUGAACAAUUUGUAAAAACCUGACUGAAAACAAACCAAGUAGUAGCUCAACAAUGAACUUUGUUAACAGGUUACCACUGAAAACCAAAGGUGCCAUCCAACCAAAGUAUUUUCAAGUUUGAUUGAAUUCAAUGAACAUGACAUAAGACUAUGCCUGCCACUCUGCAUUGAAAUCAGUGUGCUUAUUGUUAAUUUGACUGUGUCCUGGGCGUACAGGUAGAUAAGAACCACCAAUUAUUGUAUACCAUAAAAGUCAUGGCUAAACAAUAAGGGAAACUUUCAAAGCAGCUGUAGAAAUUCUGCAAAUCAUCUGCCCUUAUACUUGUGGCUGGUUGAUAAAUAAUCAUACUUUUAUCAAUAGCAUAAAGAAGAUAAUAAUGACUUGUGUUGAUAUUUCUUGAUAGAGAAAAUGUAAGUCAUGUACUACAGGGCUGUUGACUACCGUCAUGUACUACAGUUGUUGGCUGAUUUGACCUUAGAAGAAGUCCCACAAACGUCUUCUGUGGUACAUGAAGGCAGACUGUUACUAAACAAAUUUGUCAUGGACAAGCAACAACUGCAUGUGGUCUGUGUCAAAAAAUAAACAGAGGAUCAAACAGAAAGCCCAGCAUAGACCACCCUCAAAGGGACACAUACUUCACACUACAAAUAGCAAACUGACAAACAUCCAAUAAAAUUGAAAUAAUUAAAGCACCCAAACAUGAGAAUUGUACGGAAAUUUUUCUAGAUUUUUAAAAACAGUUAAAAUGAAUGUGCAGAGAAAUGUGAUAUCCACAAUGGGUUCAUAGACAGUUAAUAUGUCUGAUAAUUGCAAACAUUGAAUAUAUAAGUGUAUAAACUGGCUAGAUGAGGGUCACGGAGGCAGGUUGUAAGAACAAAACAGUGAGCUCUUUGACUGGGUGGUUGUGAGAGCCAUACCGCACCAGAUUCCGGCCCAUCACCAAAUAAUUAAAACUACAUACAAGGUGACGACCUAUUGGUUUAAAUCUGGAUCUGCCCCAAUCACAUUUCAAGCAGUGUUUAGAGGGACAGUUUUUAAAGUGAAUGGGGUAGGUAUAUGGGGGGGGGUGUUUGUAUUGAGCCCCUCUACGCAAGGGCUACCUCCCAGCUGGGGCAAAAGACCCUGACAAGAGAGGCUGCAGGGAGGUAAGUGACAGGUAUGCAGUGCUGUGUUCACACAUCUCUCUUGCUUGAAAAAUCAGACCCCACUUCCUCUGGUUACAUGUAACUGGGUUUAAAUUAAAGUUGAAACCUGCAAGCCUGCAGCUAUCAUGUACAAUUUGAGCCGGGCAUUUUGCUAAUGGUUAUGUAGCCUGGUUUCUCAGUUCCUAGCCAAUGCUUAGCCAACGCCUGCUGAAGCUCGAGAUUUUGCUUCCAUAUUUAUUGAGCAUCCUGAUUGGUUUGUACAAAUUAUAUGGGGAGUUGCUAUGACAUCCACUUCCUUGAGUACCUAUUCUCCCUGAUUUUUUAAUGGGGAGGUUAUAUGAUGUCAUAUCAGGCAGUAUUUAUCCCAUAAUUCCCAGUGCAUUUCCACAUCACUUUCCUUACCACAAAAAAUCUAGGAUUUUUCCCCAGGGAUGGGGGAGGUGUUGUGCAAGAGCACCAAAUCAACUGUAGCUGUGCAACUUGAAUUUGCCAGUAUGUGAUUGAAUCUCGCCUGUAAAAUAGUCUGAAAGUGUCCCUAGUCAAGCAGGCUUCUCAGAUUUGUUUCUGUCCCCUGCAGCCACAGUGCAGGUGUUGGUGACAGUAAGCCGAGUGAAUGAAUACGAACCAGAGUGCUCAAGGCAAUUCUUUAGUGUCCCAGAGAAUGUAGGCUUUGGAUACUUCAUUGGCAGCAUCAAUGGCACUGACCGAGACUAUCCUUUCAACAACAUAAUAUACAGCAUCCUGGGUUCAGAGGAUUCUGUUUUCUACAUUGGCCGUCGCUCAGGUAAGGAAAGGGGUUGGAAUCCUGUAUGAUGUAUCCAGGUAAAUUUAUGUCACCUGCUCUUAGCCCUACUUCCCUGGUUUUAUAUAACACACCACUUGUCUGGGUUUAUUCUUCACCUCUUGACUUAAUUGGGCUUUCUUGCAUUUUGAUUUAGAUGAAGGUUCCUCCCUCUCACACACACCCAGAUUGGGACUGAUCCCGUCAGCCUAGAGAACUCCAGAGGAUUUUGCUAGGGAAUAAUGGCCCAUGCUUCACAACACUUUGCCUUCUACUUUCCCAAGGCCCAUACUCAAUAUCAUCUCAAGCAGAUCAUUUAACACCCUUUUAACUACCGUACCUACCAUACUCACAUCAAAGGGGUGGAAGAAUGGAAGUGGGGAUUCAGCUUUGGCAGUUGUGAAUAUGGACCUGGGAGUGGCCGUUAUUACAAAGUACAGUGGUACCUCAGGUUAAGUACUUAAUUCGUUCCGGAGGUCCGUUCUUAACCUGAAACUGUUCUUAACCUGAAGCACCACUUUAGCUAAUGAGGCCUCCCGCUGCUUCUGUGCCGCCAGAGCACAAUUUCUGUUCUCAUCCUGAAGCAAAGUUCUUAACCUGAAGCACUAUUUCUGGGUUAGCGGAGUAUGUAACCUGAAGCGUAUGUAACCCGAGGUACCACUGUAGUAUAAAUGCACAAUUUUAUCUUUGUGGCACAGGUGAGCUCUAUGUGUUGGGGCCACUGGAUUAUGAAAAGCAGAAGUCAUAUCAUUUGGUCAUCCAGCUAAGGGACUUUGAUAAUGGCAUAAAUCCUGAAUUGUCGAAGCCGAGUCUGUGUAACAUCACCAUUAAUGUGCAGGUAACUGGACUUGGCAGGUGGGUGAGUAGAGUGAGGUUGUUGCAAAGCUUUGAGUGGGACUAGGUCACCUACGAGAUUACCUUACCCCACAUGUGUCCACUCAACCACUUUGAUUGGCAGAAUCGGCACUUUUUACAAGUGCCACAUAAUACCCACAGGGCCGGAUUUAAAUCUGAUGAGGCCCUAAGCUACUGAAGGUAAUGGGGCCCUUUAUAUGUCCAGCUGUCUUUUGUCAACAACAAAUUGUCACCGUUUUUUGUGUUGAAUAUAUGCUAUAUGGUAAUUUAUGGACCUAAUAGGUCCAUGCACAACACAAAACACUGUUGCUGUAUGUAGGUUUUAUUUGUUUUAUAUAUUAUAUUUUGGAAAUGUACAUCCAGUGGUUUUUUUCCUUUAAAUUUUUUGGGGGCCCCCAAGGGAGUGGGGCCCUAAGCUAUAGCUUGUUUAGCUUAUAUGUAAAUCCAGCACUGAAUAUCCGCACCAUAUCUAUAAGAAGACAAUCCUUUAUUGUAGUAGGAGCAACACUUUGGAAUCUGAGGGAGUGAGGAGCUGCAGCAGGCAGGGCAGAGAAAGCUAGUGAAUGGCUGUAGGUGCUUGUAACGAACACCUGAACUACAGGGGACUUUAUAUGAGUAGUUUGGUGUCACAUGAAUCUUUUAAAACUACAUACAGCAAGAAAGAAUCUUCAGUAAAGAAUGGGAGAGAUAAAAAUAUUGUAAACAAUUAAAUACCUUGGCAGGAUUAAUUUAAAAUCUAGCAAUUAAAAGGUGACUUUGGAAGAAAUAUAGACAGUAAUAAAUAAAAGGAGUUAAGGAGGAAAUGCAGUUUGAAAAUGUUUGUAUAAAAAACCAAGGAAGGGGAAUAGGGAAGUGUAAAUAAUUGUGUAUGUAAUAAUAUUUGAUGGUUAUUGUUUAAAAUUUGAAAAACUGGAAUUUUUUAAAAAAUAAAAUAAAGAUAAAACUGCAGUACAUACAGCAGCUGUUAACAGCCUGCUCAGGAUCCUGACCUCAGUAUACAGUGAAAGUUGCUUAAUUGUUUCUUCCUGAGUCAUAGUCCUAAUGGAUAUCAAUGGUCCUCAAAACAGCUUUUUUCCCCAAAAGGGAAGCUCCCCUUGGUGCCAAUGGGUAGUUUUAUGGGUGAUGAAAUGAUCAACCCACCGAGGCCCUAGCAUUCAAGACAUUAAAUUAUUCUUUCAUUGGCCCCGAGCAGAAUCUGAAAUUAACUUUGGGAAAUGAAAUUGCAGAAAGUAAACCCUUUCCUGCCAAAAUCAAGUGCUGUGUUCUGUAGACACCUGCUCUAUGUCAUCUUUUGGCUGUUGCUUGGUUCACUCUGCAGAAGCAUGGGUUAUAAUUGCUUCUUAACACUUCGGGCAAUGUGAGAAGCCCAGCACAUGAAGGGGUCCUUGCAUGGAACCUUGCUUCUUGGAGCACCGGUGAUAAUUGGGAGAUGGGAGUUUGGGAACAAUCCUUUUCAGGACUUCUGUGUCGAUAAACACGACCCCUUUCCUUGCUCCUAGGAUAUAAAUGAUGAGCCCCCUGUGUGUAAUCCACCCUUUUAUCAGAGUUUCAUACUUUCCACAAGUACUGCAUGUGUCACUAGCCUGCAAUGCACAGAAAAGAAUGAAGGAAGUGAGCUCGCCUACAGGAUUGUUGGAGGUAUGGAAUGGCUGAGGCAGAGCCCUGGGGAAUAGGCAACAAAGAGGCUGCCCUAAACAGUGACAUUCUUUGGUUCCAACUCUUGAAUGAAGCUGCUGAAGGACAGAGGUGGAUUUAGCAGAUAUGGGCUACUGGUUGAGCUAGAUAGCCGUCAGUGGAGGGAAACAGGAACUUAAUGGUGUGCUGAAGCUAGAACUCUCAAGGCAGAACUGAAGUAGCAGAAAACAUGAGAAGGUCUGCCUGAGAGUGCAAGCCUAUGCAAAGAGGGCAGCAAGGGACCGCUCUAGGUUGUAUUUCUGAUGGCAAAUACUGAGUGUGCACCAUACACUUAAGCAGGUUUAAUGGUUUAAUAGUCCUUCCUCCUCAGGUCAGUGGUGUAGAGAAGGAGGGAAUGCAUAGUUCUGGAGCUUCUUUCAGAGCUGGAGCAAUGGCAUAACCUGCCAGAGUGCCAGGAAUAACUGGCUAGUCCUCAUUGCUCUGCCAAGUGGACUAGGUGCUAAUGAGGUUUUCAAGUUUGACAGAUCACCGUGGAGGAGAUCAGAGAAUGAGGAAAAUAAUUUCACAGAGGCUACAUACUUCUUUCUUUUUCUUUGAGUAGGUUCCUACUUCACAUUAGCAGGUAAAUGGUUACAAUUUAGACAGAUUGUUUGCAUUCACAAUGGAAAACUAAAAGUUACAUCUUAGCUCAGAUGUGUUUUACAAGUUACACCUAUGCAGUAAGCACCCAUGAGUUCACUCCCAGGUAAUUAUGCAUAGGUGUACAGUCACACUUAUCCUAAUAAACUGGUAUUGGGCUUUGAACUGCUGCUCUGUAUGCUGUUUAUAAAUAAAUCAGCACAGUUGCAAAAAAAAUUAGACUCUACUUUGUGUCAUGGCAAUGCAUCCCCUGCCCCCAGUCUAUGACAGCAAAUAAUGAGUGCCUGCACUUAAAUUCUGAAGUGCGCUAUACCACUGUCCUAGGGAAUCCUGAGAACUGUAGUUAUGUGAAGCAGGCUUUGGAGCUCAAAUGGACCUCCUUACACUCUUACAAAACUACAAUUCCCAUGAUUCUUUCAGGGGAAGCCAAAACAAGUUAAAGUGAUAUACAGCUGAUGUAAGUAAGGUUUGCAGUGUAGAUGUGCUCCUCUCCCUCUUUUUCAGGCAACACAAAUGGGCGCUUUCGCAUGAAUGGAAAUUGUAUGCUCCAUAAUGCCUUCUCCUAUGACCGUCCUGGCAUUUUUGACCCCCUCACUUUUGAGCUGCUGGUGGAAGUGACAGACGGUGGGAGCACACCUCACUUCAGCACCACCGCCACCGUUCUCGUUUACGUGACUCCCUGGACCACGACAGUGCCUACUACUACCACCACCACCACGGUGAGGGGGCAGAUAAGGACAUGCUGUUGCCAGGAAGCCUUGAGUCAAUCUGAUUCACAGGAGUAGUCACACUUGCACCAGUGCCCCUAGAUCCACAGCUCUUUCCCUGGGCUAUGAAGUGUGUCUGCUAUAGGAUGCUUGCUUGCAUUAUGGUAGCUUAAUAAGUCACUUAAUAAGUUCCAUUUAUAGGUGAAUGCGACCUUCCUAAUAUGUCUUGACCUUUUAGCAGCAUUUGACACCUUGAAUUUGAAUUUGACAGCAUUUGAAAGCCACCUGGAUCAUCCGAAAUUAGACAUUGGAAUUAGAAAUUGGAAAUUGAAAUUAGUGACUGUGUGAUCUCAGAGUAGUAAUGGAUGGCUGCUAGCUCUGCUGAGUUGCAAUUAUUGCAUGGACUAUAGCAAGAGUCCACCUUUACCUCUUUACUGUUCAGUGUGUCUGAGUAGUCACUGAAAGAGAUCCAUUGAUUAUUUGCAAUGCAGUGAGAACGGAGAACACACAGUUCCAGGACUUUUUUUCAGAGCAGAAGUGAUGAAACAAUUGCUAGAGUGCCCAAGCUGAGAGUGGCAUUCAUGAGUAUGGGACAUCUUACUUCAUCCUCAUAAUAACACACUUUAUGAAGAGUUGUACUUGAAGACGGUUUGGAAGCUUCUAUUGGUGCAGAAUGCUGUGGUAAAUAUUUUGGAAGACUAUUCCCGUGAGUCAGUAGUAGCAGCUCCCAGGUUCAAGUGAAAAUGCUUUUAAGAACAUGGGUACAUGGGUAUGCAGCCUCCAUUAAUCAUAAUUUGGGAAUAAAUCUAUUUCACUGCAUGCCAUGCUGGAAAAAAUAUUCAGUACAUUGUCAACAGGUCAGAAGGGCUUAGUUAGUCCAGUAGCCUCUUACUACAGGUUAAGAACAUCCCCACACAUUGAUGAAGGAACAGAUUGAGAGAAAAUUAUGGGAAGGUUUAGAUUUGAAUAAUUCCACUAGUUCCAAUGACUUGAUGGGCUUUCUCAAGUGGAGCCUGACAAGCUUGAGCUUGUGUGGUUCUGCAUACUAGAUUUAUGUUGUUUUGAUUUCAGACGGUGCCCAAGGAGCCCAUCACUUUGCACAGAACUCUGAGGUACUGGGCACCAGAUCCCUGGUUCGUGGUGGUUCUUACGCUCACUGGAGCUCUCCUCCUUUCUGCCUUGGGUUUAUUGUUCUGGCGACUCUGCUGGAGGUGAGUUUCCAGUGAAACCUCUCUAUCCAUACCUUAUUUCAUAUCAAUUCCUGACUCAGCUUUGAUGUCAGUGAGAUCUUCAUUAGCAGUGGCUGUUACCCAGGCAUAUUCUGGAAGGGGACCUGUCGAAUCUGUAACCAAAUAUGAACAAUCGUUUUAGCAAGAAAGAGCCUGAUCUGGUCCCAUAGAUCAGUGCCCUCUUGAGCUCAAGGAACAUUUUGGCUUGCUAAGUACAUUCUCAGAACUCUCACUGUUGUUUGUAUUUCAGGAAACCACCAGGAGAGACAUCUCAGCCCCUACUGCAGAACAAGUAAGAACCCCUGUCCAUGACACAGAGCCUUGUGCGACUUGGGGGAGUGUUGAUUCUCAUGGCAUUACUUGGACAGGGCCGAAACUAGGCUUUCUGUUACUCGGGUCAAAGACCCAGUUUGUCACAUACCCCCACAUACCCCUACACACACACACACACACACCCUCAACACAUUUCUUCAUAAAGGGAAUAAAAAGUAGUUUGAAAGAGGCUGGAGAAGAGAGAAUCUCUCCAAAUAGUAAAAUUGUCUGUGUGUGUAUCUGGCUUUCAUUCAGCCUUAAGUAGAUCUCCUCAGAGAGUAAUAGAUCAUUUGAGGAAUUAUAAGAAGUAUUAUGACUGUAUGAUAUAACAACAGCAACAACGGAAGCUGUGAUAAUGAUUGGGCACAUACCAGAGAGUAAGCCCUAUUGAACUCAGUGAUACUUACUUCUUCUGAGUAAAAAUGCUUAAGAUUGCAGUAUAAGACUGCAAUCACAGUUACUGGGAGUAAGCUGCAUUGAAUUCAGUGGGACUUCUGAGUAGUAAAGACUUGCAGUUCAAGGUUCUAAAUAGUGAAAUAAAAGAAUAAAUACUCCACAAGUUUCCUUAAAAAUAUGCUGGAUGCUGAACCAUUGCAAUUAAAUAAUUUAAAGUGGAUUGGCUACAUUUUCCUUCCAAAUUACAGGAAGGGAUAAAUACAAAGUGCUUCAUAUGCCAGCAUCACAUUUCUUCCAUUGCAGGUAUUUUUUUAAUAAUAAUAAUAAUAAUAAUAAUAAUAAUAAUAAUAAUAAUAAUAUCUUUAUUGUCAUUGCCCCCUUCGGGGACAACGAAAUUACUUGACUGCUCCAUAAAAACUCUAAUUAAUCAAUUUUAUUUGCAGUAUGAAGAGGACUCAGUUUUUAUAGCUGAUUGUAUGCAGCAGUGCCCUCUUUAUGUAUUCACAUGGUGCAAACAUGUAUGUUGUCCUUUAGAUCCACACACACACACAGAGAUCUUUUAAUUGAUAUCUGAGUUGUUGGGGGAAGCAAAAGAAGAAAGCAAUAAAACUUUCCCCUUUCAUCUUUGCUUGGAGAGCAACCUCCUUCAGGAUUUCUCUUUCACAAACAGUUCCCAAAACAGACAGGGGGGGGGAGAUUUUCUUCAGUAGCGCCCCUCUAGAGGCUUCACAUGGGCUGAGACCCCAGCUAGCCAUCCCACCCCUUGGAAGGGUCUGUCUUACGGGGCAAAGUCUUGUAGGAAGUACAGAUAUGAGCUGAAGCUAAGAAGAUGGAGUUAUAACAGCCACUGACCACAUACUACUUGGAAGGGCCCAGCUGAUGUCAUUGCUAUGGUGGGGGGUGGGUUUCAUAGUUUGUUCAACAUUCAGGAACUUUAUGUAUAUACAGCAAAUACAGACUGUCAAAAUUCUGUGCCAAUUUAGCAAUGCGAAAACUGCACUAAGAAAAACAAAUUAUAUCACUCCUUAUGCUUUAUGCAGAUUCAUUAAAUUUGCUCAUUUGCCAUCAUUCUGCUGCUUCUCCCGGUCAUGGAGAGAAACAUAAUGAGCUAUGCUGGGCACCAAAGCCUCACCAUAUGGCUGUGAGGAAAUCUACGGAGUUUCCUCACGCCUCCCAGCUUUUUAAGUUUCGCCAGACAUUGUUCUGCAUAUUUUUGAGCCUGGUUUCACAGCUUUAUGGGAUCUUGUUUUAUCUCUCUUUUUCUCUCUGUCUCUUUCAUCAAACAGGGAAGUUUGAAUUCUCCUGAACUUGUGUGAGGUGCUCACUGUCAAAUACAGUCACUCUCAGUGAUAAGCUCUUAUAACUCCUGUAUCCAGCCUUAAGGUAUCAGAAGCAAUAGGGUGACUACAAUUUCCUUUGCCAGCAAGAGACUGAAGGCCUAUGCAGCUCUCAAGAAUGGGCCUCUCUCGGCUGUCCAAAGCCUUCACUAUAGAUGCUGCUGGCAGAGUUAAUUGGGCAGAUUUGGGAGGGCUAAGCCUAAUAAUAACACAGCCUGGUCUCCCUGCAGUGGAGCAGAGCUUCAUCUUAAUGAUUAAUCCAGACUAUUGCUUUGUCUGCCAUUAGCCUUGAUGGACUCUCACAAGGAUGCCGAGUUCCUUCUGAUCCACAUUUCUCAUUCUGUAGGGACAAAGGAGUGGAAAGAAAUUAUGUCACAAUGGAAGAGCCAAGCAAGGAGAAAGGGAAAGAUUCCACUGAGGCACUGAGUCUGGUACGGCAUAGUCCACUUUCAAUUUCCCCAGUUGGUUUGUACUUAGCUUGCUUCUACAGGCUGCUAUCAGUCACCAGCAAUCAGCCUUGUGGCAAUUCUGCACUUCCAUGUGUGGAGCAGCCUUCCUCACCUGGUGCCCUUUAGAUGUUUUGGACUACAACUCCCAUCAGCCCUAGCCAGCAUCACCCGUGAUGAGAGGUGAUGGGAGUUACAGUCCAAAGCAUCUGGAGGGCACCAAGUUGGGAGAGAGUGGUCUAAACUGAUAUGGGGCCAUGAGUUUGUCAGGGAUUUUAUGCUGUGUGCUACUGUUUCUAGAUUGUGGCCAACCAUACUUGCUUUAACAGUGUACAAUCCAUAGAGCAUGACAUAGAGCCUGGCAUGUCUUGUGUCCAUUGGGAUCCAGUAAUGUGCAGACUGCCUACUUGGUGAAAUGCUCAGUUCAAAAGCAGCUUUCCUUCCCUCAUAGUGCUCCUUGCCCUUGGUACCCAAGGUUGGGACUACGAUUAUAACGUUAGUUCAUCUGUUUCUCUUCCUCUCUUGCUGUAGCAACUCCAAUUUGAUGGUCGUGCCCAGGAUCCUGGUAAGCUCAUUCUCCAUUGUUUAAUAAUUGUUUCAAAGCACUCUCAAGCUGCAUAGGGACAGUAUAGCAGUUCAGUCAGUUUAUCAAUCAUCAAGCAAUCAAUGCGACAUGCACAUUAGUUUUUUCAUGUCAUUGAAAGAACGGCCAUGCCGUGAUUUCAUUAGCAUAUAGGUGAUAACACAACCCUUUUAGAUUGUGUGGGCCAGAUCCUUCUCUGUACUCAACACCAAAGACCAACUUUGACAGGUGAGUAGGGCAACCCAUCAGUCACAUGACAUCAUCAUACUGUUGGAUAGUUGACAGGUGGGCAUUCACCUCUUCCACCUAAUUACCUUGUGACACCGGCCUUGAAACCCUAACGGGAGACAGCUGUAUGUAAGCUCAUUAUUUCUGAGGUUCUAACCCAUUCCCAUAAACCAGUCUUAAAGGGGCAAUAAUGCCACAACCUCCUGCAUUGGAAGAGUGCAGGGUUGACCUCCCCACACCUCAGCAAUUUUGCUUUCUGCAGGGAUUGGGUGCAUAUCUGAACUGGGCAGGACUGACCUCUUUGCAUAUCAACUGAUGUUGGGGAAGCCAAUCCUGCUUUCUGAAGGAACCAACUGUACACAUCAGUUCCCAUGAGGAACAGGCACAUGCAGCCAUACCAUUGCAGUUCAGCAGCUGAAAAGUGGGUGGUUCAGUCCUGCUUCUUUAGGGAUCAAUUUCCCCCAUUCAUCAGCUGAUGCCAGCUGCUUAGUAGGAUGAUGCCACCUGUUUAAGAGGUGGGCAUGGUUUCAGGAGAAACCAUUUUAUAUUUUUAACAAAAAAAUCUCAAAGCGGUUUACAACCCACAUUAAAACAUCAAAUAAAACAAUCCAGAAUAAAAUAUUACAGAAGAAAGUCAAGCAUACAUUCAAAGCAGCAUAAUGACCAGGAAACUAAAAUAUUAACUUAUAAGAUUCAAAAUAAAACCUUGCUAAAGGAAGUCACAUAUAAAAUGCACAAUUAAAACAGCAUAAUUAGCAGGAGCAUGAAAUAUUAUCAUAAGCACAGAACAUAUCUGCUGCUGUUGCUGCCAAUCCUGCCAAUGGUGGUUCAUGGCGGCUGGUGGCUGUGAAAGCUCAGGCUUGAUGACCUGGAUCUGCAAUAAGACAGAAAGAUUGCAUGUCACAGCAGUCAGCGAAUCCACAAUCUAUAACUGGCUCUCUGGCAAGGAUGACAGACUGAGAACCAUGUGGGUCUAAUGAUAUUAUCAGGCUGUGUAGAUGCCUGUAGGAUGCCAUGACUCUGGACUGGGAAGUUUGAAGGUUCCAAAUGAAACAAAUGCUAGGUAUGAACUGCAGAUGCCACAGAGCAAGGCCACUUAUAACCUCCACGUUUGUAGCUUAAAAAAAUUAUUUCAUACAAAAUCAGGCAUGAAUGAAACCAUUGCAGAAAACAGGCUAGAAGUAUUGAAGCAGAGACAGUGCGGGUGUGCAGUGUGGGAUUGUUGUUGGGCAGAUGGAGAAGGCAAAGGAUGGGGACGUGGAGCUAAACUGGACAAAGGCCUAAUGUUGUUCCUUAUUUUAUGUCCCUAGUCACUGGCCAAUAUUACCUGUUUGACAGCAGCACUGGAGCACGGCGCUGGGUGUGAGCAUGCCCUAUUCCAUCUUUAGGAGCGAGGCACAGGUGUACACAGAUAAAAAGGAGAAACAGGGUUUUCUGCACAGCACCAAUACUGUUAUUUACAUAUACAUAUAACAAAUUGUUACCUGCUGUUUAUGUUGCACUGGCAACUAGCCUUUCCUAUCAUGUGCCCCUAAUUGUUUAUAUUGACUUGUGCGCGUUCCUGGGGAAUCAGAGAAGCCUCUAAGAGCCUCUCCACUGGCAAGCUGUUUUCCUCCUGGCUAGUCUUCAUCUGAUAAACUUCAAGAUCUGACAACUUGGGUUGCUACCAUUGUUUCUUACCCUGCUCUAGAACUUUGUUCUGAACCAGCAGGGCUCUUGUGUUCUUAUGUUCUCUGUGAAAAUUGUGCCAUAAUAAAGGAUGUGCCUUUGAUUGUGUAUAGAAAGCCUUUCUUUGACUAACCACUAAGUUAGCACAACCAUUUCCAAAAUAUCUGAUACUAGGGGUAGGGAGGUUAACAGGCCAAAGAGCAAGUUCUAAACUUGUGCGUUUCCAUUAUGUUCUAAGAAGAGCUAAGAUGUUAUCUUUAAAAUAAGAGGGGGAGGGGGAGAGCAGAGCCUAUUGGGUGCGUCUUUCCUAAUAGCUUCCCCCCCCCCCCAAAAAAAACCCCACCCCAACUUGGAGCCAGCCUUGUGGCUUGCCCUUAACAUCAAAUGAACCAUUGUCUCUUGACCGAGCUCCCUGAACAAAAUGCCCUAAAUUGGCAUGUGUGGUAUUGAGAGCAUCAUAUUAUUUUGUGCACCCUGAUGUUUCCUGAAUUUUGAUGACACAUGUUACCAUCAAACCACACUGAACACUGACAACAAUUUUCAUGUGUGAGGCAGGUCAGAAGAAACUUGGACACCCUCCCAUGAAGCAUACAACUGCAAGGAUUGAUUACUAAUGUGUUAUAUACAGUAUAGAGGAUGGCAUUUGGAAUGUUAAAGAGUGUUCAAUGACACUUAGUAAACCAGUUAAUCACUCCCAUUUGUUACAUACAGAGAGUUGAUCAAAGAAGGACACCUUAAUCUGCUGACAGCUCUAUUGCAGGGACAUUUCUAUAACAUCAGGAUGCCCCAUUUGUGUAUCUGUCUUCCCUUUUAAAUUCUCUUGGCUGAGGUAAGGUGAGCUGGGCCAUGGGAACCACAGGUAUAACCUUUGGUUACCCCAGAAUGACAAAUAAAUGAGAGCUUCAAUAGAGAAGUGAAAGCUGGAAGCAGGUUUUUUUAGUUCCAGUUAGUUUCAAAAAGCCCCCAUUGUUUCUGCAUUAGCUAUGCAGAACCACACACUCGUCUCUCACACAUAAGAGCAGUGCAAUGGAACAAGAAGUUAGAGCUCAAAACCUCUGCUGAGCAGAGGCCACCUGGCAUAGAUUCCCUAUUUCUCUUUUUCCUCACUGAUCUUAAGUUGCCAAGCUGUAAGACACCCUACUGGCUAGAAAGCUGUGAACACCCUGGGGCAGAGUCACAUAGGACCUCUGCAGACUAGAGCAGGUUUGGGGCAGGUGUAUUCUGCAACAUGGCGUAAACACAGUAACAGUGCUUUAGUGGUGAAUUUUUGUUUGGCACAACAUUCCACUUUAUUAGUUUUUUUAUGCUUCCCCAGUGUUAUUACACUAUUAUUGUCUAGAAGGGCACUCUAGUGCAAUGGGCCAACCCCCCCCCCAUCAUACAGGAAUGUAGUAUGAAAAGUAACAGGUCUUCAGCUAGAUGCUACAAGACAUGCACAGACUGGAAAUGAAGCAGUGUGACCUCCCCAAAACUUUUGCAGGCACAAACAGUAUUGAAACCAGAAGUACAUAUGGCCAACCCAAUAGCAUAAUGGGCACAAAUCAUCAGAAACGUGCAAUAAAAAGGACAUGGGGGGCCACAAAUGUUUUGAAACGGGGAAGAUUUGCAUUGGCUGAAUAUUAACCUUAUAUACUAAUCCACUGUAGAUGACGGCAAUUUACAGAAUUAGUAUUGGCAAUGUAAUUUGCAUACCUACACUGUACAGGCAAUCUGGGUACAGGAAUCCACAUAAAUUGAAAAGGUACCUACUCUCAACAAUACAUCUAGUUUUAUGUUUGGAGGUUUUAGUAAAUUUUUGGUAGACUGUUUCCACUUCUAGUUAGCAUGAGAUGGUGGUUAUUUCUGGGCAAGUUAUGUAAUUUACUAUGGUUUUUUUACCAAGCCAUGUGUAAUCCUGUGUAAGGG